CAACAUCAACACGUUAAGUUUCUAAAUAAACUGAACUAAAUCAUUAUAUCUACAAACUAGUAUGAUAAUAAAAUGGACGCAUACGAUAUAUUCAAGAAAUUAACGAAAGGAUUGACAUUUAAAAGACCUGUGUUGGGUGUUAAAAACAAUCAACAGAAAACUAAACAGGAGACAUUAAAACAAGAAAUUGAAAUCAAGAAGGAAGAAUUGAGCGACUUUGAAGAUGUCGCAGAAAUUGAGAAUGAUUUGGAAAACUCCCAACCAAGUUCUGGAAGUGAGGAAGAAGAAUUGGAGUUAGUUGAUGGUGUUAAAGUUGGUAAAAAAAAGCGGGGAAAGAAAAAGAAGGAAAUAACCGAAGAUUUGAAGAAGAAACUGAUACAAGAGGAGGAAAAUCGUUUUCGUAAUGAACAUGGUAUCAAAGCAGUCGGUCGACACAUACCACCAGCACUAAAAGACUUUUCAGACUUGACUGUCCGCUACAAUGUUCCACAGGCUCUUGUUGAUACAGUCACCCAGUGUGGAUACAGUGAACCCACUCCAGUUCAACGGCAAGCAAUGGCUUGCAUGUUGGAGGACCGUCAAAUAGUAGCGUGCGCUCCGACAGGGUCGGGUAAAACUGCCGCGUUUAUCGUACCCCUCCUUCAUACAUUAGGAACGCACCAAGGCGGUCCUAGAGCCCUAAUACUGUGCCCUACUAGGGAACUGGCUCAUCAAAUAUACAGAGAGGCCCUGCGACUGAGUGCCUCAACUCAACUCAGAGUUACAGUUGUAAAGAAUUUGAAAGAAAGUAAAGUUAAAGAACGCGAAGCUACCUUCCGGAAAAGCGAUAUAGUUAUAAGUACACCAAAUCGACUCUGCUAUCUACUGAAUCAAGAUCAAGUUAAUAUUUCUUUAGAGAAAGUACGCUGGCUUAUAAUCGACGAGGCCGACAAGCUGUUCGAGGGCUCCUCAGAGCAGGAAUCCGACUUCAGGCAGCAGCUGGAGCAGAUAAUGUGCCGCUGUGGACCGAAACGCCUCAUCGCCAUGUUCAGCGCCACGCACACGCCGCCCGUCGCCCGCUGGAGCCGCCGACACCUGCGCGGGCUCGUCAACGUCACCGUGGGACAGAGGAACGCUGCGACCAGCCUGGUGGAGCAGCAGCUGCUGUACUGCGGCAACGAGGACGGCAAGCUGGUGGCGUUCCGGCAGCUCGUGCAGCAAGGACUCAAGCCCCCCGUGCUGGUAUUCGUACAAAGUAAAGAUCGCGCGAAACAAUUGUUCAAGGAACUCAUAUAUGACGGCAUCAACGUGGACGUCAUACACGCAGACAGGACUCAGGCUCAGCGAGACAACGUGGUCCGCAGCUUCCGCGUGGGACGUAUAUGGGUCCUGAUCAGCACCGAACUGAUGGGCCGCGGGAUCGACUUCCGGGGAGUGAAUCUGGUCAUCAACUACGACUUCCCACCCUCAGCCAUAUCUUACGUACACAGGAUCGGGCGCGCGGGCCGGGCCGGUCACAGGGGGACGGCUGUGACGUUCUUCACGCAGGAUGACGUCGUCAACUUGAGGAGCAUCGCGUCGGUGAUGAAGCAGUCCGGCUGCGAGGUCCCGGAGUACAUGCUGAAGCUGAAGCAAGAUUCCAACAAACGGAAGCGGCUGCUCAAGAAGGCUCCGCAUCGAGAUAAAAUAUCCACUAUACUAGAGAAACCGGUCAAAAGGAAAUUAGAAGAAGGAAAGGAUUCUAAUGUAAAUUCAAAAGAUACAGAGAAGAUAAAGAACGGUAAACACAAGAAGCAAAGGAAAAUUGAUGGAACAAAAGAAAAUGGCGCUCGCAUAAGUACGAGCCAGAAGGAGAAUAAAAGGAAAAAAAUUAAAAAGAAUAAAAAUAUUAAAUUAGCCAAAAAACCUAAAUCUGGAAGUUGAUAAUGUAAAUAAAUAUACAAAUAGUCAUUGAAUAUA